AUGUGUGAACUGCACGUGAGAGCCAUUGCGCAUGCUCCCUGGACCGCCACCAGCAUUCUAAGCACGUGCGAACUGCACGUGAGAGCCAUUGCGCAUGCUCCCUGGACUUCUAUCAGUAUCCCGGGCACGUGUAAAUUGCACAUGAGAGUCACUGCACAUGCUCACUGGACCUUCUCCAGAAUUUCCCCCACCCCCACCCCGCACGUGCGAAUUGCACGUGAGAGCCACUGCGCAUGCGCUUGGAGCCUGUGCGCGUGGCUUGCUCCUGCUGUGAAGAAGCCUGACCCCAAAGUCUCUCAGGUCCGACUACACAGCAGCGAGCUCAGUGGGAGAAAGCUGCUCCUGCAACGUCUCCUUCCUCAAGCUCUCAAAGAGGGGAGACUCCGGGAAUGUUACAAGAUGUACGAGAAGGUGCGCGACAAUCAGAAAAAGAUCCUGAGCGGCACCAGCAGCCAAAAUCUAGACCAGCAAUACCAGGAGCAGGUUCAGAUACUGGAACGCGAUUUCCAUGAGGUCUUCUCCACCACAAAACUGGAGGAGAUGAAAGCUGCAGCCACCGAAGAGUACAUGGAGGACCUGGAAAACUUAUAUCGACGGGUCCUAAAUACAUUUCUGGACACUCUCCUCAUCCUUGUCUCCGAAGACCUCCACAAAAUGCAGAUCCUAAAGGAAAUGAUCACCUGGAUGUCCCAGGACGGCACCUGCCAGGAGAUCUGGGUGGUGAUGAUCAUCAGCCAGGUGCUCGGUUUUGCCUCCGAGACAGCCUCCAGAAGCAAGAGCAUCUACGUCCCAUGUCUGGGUGUCCUGGCAGCAGAACUGUCCCUCCUGUGUUUCCAUCGAAAUGAGCAGGUGACUCAGCAUGCAUCCAUGGGCCUCUACCACCUGCUCUGCAUUGCAAAGCACCACAGUGGGUGUCAAGAAUUACAGGUGCCCACAGCUGAAGAACCAGGUCACAGUGCUCUUUUCUGGUUUCAGUAUAUAGGCCAAAAUUUAGUGAAAGACUUUGUGGUCGACUUCGUGUGGACUCUCCUUUUAAAAAUAUCGGAGGAUGAUUUCACGACAGCAUCCAAGGCAGCCAGCAUCCUUCAUCUGACCCUGGAAUUUCACUCCUGUAAAGUGUGGGACGUGGCCCGGAUCCUGGAAACCAUCUACAAACAGCUCUUGGAGUUGUCCUCGCCUGAGCUGAGGGAGGCCAUUCUGCAGGUGGUCACGCUGCUCACCCGAACCGAUCCCAACAAUGUCAUCUUCGAGCUGGUGAGAUGGAGCUCUCCAGUGGACAGGACCCUGAUCCUGAUGUGGAAGGCGAUGGGUGGAGAGUCCAGCAGUGCCCUGAAGGUGCUCGAAUACAUCUUGAUAAUGCUUAAGGACAAGCCACACGACAUACCUGAGGAGCACUCGGACUUCUUUAUCAACCCCAGGAACAUGAUGCCUGUGACGGCUUGCCAGGCCCUUUGCACGCUGCUGCCUUUGGCAACCUACAGAAAGGCAGUGGCACGGCUGUUCCCCAACUUGCUGAUGGCGCUGCUGCUGCAGAUCCUCUUCCACAGUGAACUGAGUCUCAGGUCAGAGGAGGAGCCCUGCUAUGCCCAAGAGGCGCUGAGAGUCCUCCUACAGUGCUCGGGGCUCCAGGACGUGGACACAAUGCUGGAAGAGAAAAACUGUUGGGCUCAGUUCUCUGAAGUCCUAUUCCACAAGGAAGGGGUCCUUCUGGUGGCCAAGGCACUCUGUGAGCACAACUUCCCACAGUUCCAAGAGACUUUGCAGUAUGUCUCCGAUACCGCUCUGAUAGGUUCCAGAAGUUCAGAAGCUACCAUCAUCACCGUGAUAGUGCUCACAGAACUCCUAAACAAGGACUUCAAGGAGGAAUUCCCCAAGGAGUUUCUGUUUAUCUACCAGAACUGGGUCAGUGACUCCUGCCCCAUUGUGAGCGAAAUGAGUCUUCGGACAAUCACCCGGGUGGCUUCUAUCAUCAAUAAUAUAGAAAAUGCCAGAGGCCUGCUGACAACAGUUCUGGGCGCCUUGGACUCCAAAGACAAGAACGUCAUCCUCCAGGCCCUCCACACCCUCCGCCAGCUCCUGAGCAAACUGAACAGGAUGACUUACUCUUCCAUGUUGAGCCAUAUCACCUCUAGAUAUUAUCGACUAAUGAUACACGUGUGCCCUGAGAUCCGCAGCACAGCCAUCCGGAACCUGGGCCAGCUGCUCGAGGACAUGAGCCAGAACAAAAAGAAGCAGAGAAAUGUGGUCUUUGAGGUCCUGGUGGCCCUGGUCGUGUUUUUGGAGGACACGGAGAUCGUGGUGGCCAAAGCAGCCCACGACACGCUGGACAUCUGCGCCCUCCAACUCCAAUGGAACCUGGGUGACCUGCUCAGAUGCAAACAUCUAAAUUAUGAGCAGGUGGUGCUCUCCAUUUGUAACAACGUUCUCAUUUCUAAAGGACACCUCAUCAAUGAAUUGAUCGGUGGCACUUUGGACUUCCUGCCGAACUCCCGAGAAUGUCUGAAGAGGGCAUCUAUCAUUUUAUUGGGUUACCUGGUGAAGUUGGGGAGCCAUUUACUCAUCAGAGAAGAAAUGGACGUCAUCCUGGAGGCUGUGAGCCGCCUGCUCUUCUACGAGAACCUGGAGAUCAAGGACCUGGCGAGGCGGACCUACAGCAUCCUCGAGGAGCUCUCGCCCAACAUCACCUCCUCCAGCUUCAAGAAGGCCUGCCGCCUGCUCCUCCACUUCCUAUAUACACAGAGAGUGAUGCUCCUUUACAACUUGCCCCUGAAAGGGCACUUGGAAUUGGAGCCCCCCCAAGGAUGUCAAGACCGCCAGGAAUGUCAAGACCUCUCUUGAGCAGGAGGCUCAAGAGAACCUGAAGGAGGAGACAUCGGGCUGCCCCGAAGUGCCCCAGAGAGCAAGUGACUCCAUUCCUGCUGGGGCUGCUGGGGUACUGAGUACUGGGAAUCUACCAAUAAAAAUGGAAAAUCAGAAAA